CUCACCUGUCCUAGGAACUGAGAGUCCCGGCCUGGGCAAGGUCCGUUUGUGUCUUUGUUUCUUGGACCUGUUCCUGCCUGUGAAAUCCCGGUUACAAGCCAGACCUGGAGAUGGACGCAGGGACACUCGGGACCCUCCCUAUUCAUCUCAGUCCCCCGCCCGCCCAUCCAGAAUGAAUGCAUCUUUUUAUCCUUCCUGAGGACGGCCGGCUGGGGCAUGUGCAGGCCGGGCAGAGGACUGGAUUGGGGCCUGCCCUUGGCCCCCUCCCGGGUCUCCUAGAGGGUCCGCUUUUCUGGACUUUGGGAGUUUGUAUCCUCUCCCCGAAACUCAAACUCGGUCACCUGACUCCCACGACUAGCCCCCCUCCUCUUACCACCCAGGGCACCCCACUCGGACACUCAGCCAACAGCACGUGGUCCAGGGGCCCCAGCUUCCCAUUGGCCGCUGGCCUCCUUCCUUCCGCGAGAUUGGCCCGGGCCCGGCCGCAGCUCCCCCUCCGCAGCCUUGCGGUGGUACAGCCCGCCGCGGCUUAGGAGGGGCGGGAAGGUCCAACGCUCCGCGGCACGGGGGAGGUGUCGUGAAGAGCCGAGUGAGGCGCAGGGAUCCCUCUGGAAUGUUUCCUUCGGGUCCACCCGGCGCGGGGCGGCGUGGAGCGGAUUGGCCGCGAGCGCCGGGCGGCCGCUCAUGAUUGGCCGGACAUGGGCCCUGGCCCCGCCCCCCUGGUCGUGGCUGAGGGAGAGGCCCUGGCCAGAGUUUGCUGAGAGCCGAUCGCGGCGCGCGCUGGGCGGCGGCGGCGGCGGCGCAGAUGAGGAAACUGAGGCCCCAUCAAGUGAAGUGACUUGCCCACAGCCACAUAGCUGGAUCACUCUGGCUGCUGUAUUGACAAGAGACUGUUGGGGGCAAGGGCAGAAGCCAGGAGACACAGAGAAGGCAACUGCACUAAUCUAGGGGCGAGGCGGCCCAAGGCCACUGCCCAGGCCCUGAGCCCCUUUUCCUGUCCUGCAGAUCUCCUGGGCGUGCCCCCUCUUCUCGCUGCUCAUGCCGCUGGGACUGGGGCGGCGGAAAAAGGCGCCGCCUCUGGUGGAAAAUGAGGAGGCUGAGCCAGGCCGUGGUGGUCUGGGCGUGGGGGAGCCGGAGCCCCUGGGCGGAGGUGGGGCGGGGGGCCCCCAAAUGGGCUUGCCUCCCCCUCCCCCCGCCCUGCGGCCCCGCCUCGUGUUUCACACCCAGCUGGCCCACGGCAGUCCCACUGGCCGCAUCGAGGGCUUCACCAACGUCAAGGAGCUGUACAGCAAAAUCGCCGAGGCCUUCCGGUUGCCAGCUGCUGAGGUGAUGUUCUGCACCCUCAACACCCACAAAGUGGACAUGGAUAAGCUCCUGGGGGGCCAGAUCGGGCUGGAGGACUUCAUCUUCGCCCACAUCAAGGGGCAGCGCAAGGAAGUAGAGGUGUUCAAGUCGGAGGAGGCGUUAGGGCUCACCAUCACAGACAACGGGGCCGGCUACGCCUUCAUCAAGCGCAUUAAGGAGGGCAGCGUGAUCGACCACAUCCAGCUCAUCAGCGUGGGUGACAUGAUCGAGGCCAUCAAUGGACAGAGCCUGCUGGGCUGCCGGCACUACGAGGUGGCCCGGCUGCUCAAGGAGCUACCCCGAGGCCGCACCUUCACGCUGAAGCUCACAGAGCCCCGAAAGGCCUUUGACAUGAUCAGCGUGCGUUCAGGGGGUGGCCGCCCUGGCUCCGGUCCCCAGCUGGGCACUGGCCGAGGGACCCUCCGGCUCCGAUCCCGGGGUACUGCCACAGUAGAGGAUCUGCCUUCAGCCUUUGAGGAGAAGGCCAUUGAGAAGGUGGAUGACCUGCUGGAGAGUUACAUGGGCAUCAGGGACACAGAGUUGGCGGCCACCAUAGUAGAGCUUGGAAAGGACAAAAGAAAUCCGGACGAGCUGGCUGAGGCCCUGGAUGAACGGCUUGGUGACUUCGCCUUCCCGGAUGAGUUUGUCUUUGACGUCUGGGGGGCCAUUGGGGACGCCAAGGUUGGCCGCUACUAGGCCUCCCACUGGACCUUGAGAUGACUUGGGCCGGGCCUGGUGGGAGCCUCUGGGGUGGAGAUACCACAGCCUGGACCCCAGCGUCCAGCUUGGGCCCAGCUCAGUAGCCCGAAGAUGAUAUGGAGUGGAGGUGGGGCCAGGCCUCUGCCCCCCUCCAAUCGGUACCACCCCCUUGCCAGUUCCCCGCCUGGCUGGGGUCCCCAGCCACCCCCCACCCCCUGCCCUGUUCCCCACCUACCUCAGCCGGGUCAGGCGCGGGGAGGGACCAGCCAGAUUGGGUGGCCACCCCCGCCCCCAAUGCUUUCCGCCUCCGCUGCCAAACUGGUCCCUCUGUCUCCCUAGGGCCUCGGGUUCUAUUCGGGGGUCGUGACCUCCCUAGUUUCCUGACGCAGGGAAUGAAGGAGGGGGGUGUACCCCCUCAGCAAAUGCAAUAACACCCUCCCCCUGCACCGCCCCCCUGCCCCCAGAGGAGCCCCCUCACUGUGGAGUCUGUUACCUCCGCAUUUGAAACACAAGUCUGCUGUGAAGCCCCCAAACUCCCUCCCUCCCCUGCCCCCUGUGUCUCCCUCAGCUCAGCCCGGGACAGAAGGGGCAGGAGGGAUGAUGACGGAGGUGGGCUUUUGUAUCUGAAUUUCCUGUCUGGAACAUAAAGAAUCUAUCUGCUGUUGGACCUGUGUGGUGGCUUUGGAAUGGGAGAGG